CAGUCCGCAGGAGCCAUGGCCUCGGGCCGCAGGGGCUGGGACAGCUCCCACGAGGACGACCUGCCCGUGUACCUGGCCAGGCCCGGCACCACCGACCAGGUCCCGCGGCAGAAGUACGGCGGCAUGUUCUGCAACGUGGAGGGCGCCUUCGAGAGCAAGACGCUGGAUUUCGAUGCCCUGAGCGUGGGGCAACGGGGCGCCAAGACUCCCCGGAGCAGCCAGGGCAGCGCGCGCGGCGCGGGGAGCCGGCCCGAGGCCGAGGGGGACGCGCCGCGCCGGGGCCCGGGCCGGGAGGACGCCCGGGAGCCCGCGCCCGCCGGGGUGGAGAUCCGGAGCGCCGCGGGCAAGGAGGUGUUGCAAAACCUCGGUCCCAAGGACCAGAGUGACCGUCUCCUAAUCAAGGGAGGCAGGAUUGUCAACGAUGACCAGUCUUUUUAUGCUGACAUUUACAUGGAGGAUGGCUUGAUAAAGCAAAUUGGAGACAAUUUAAUCGUCCCUGGAGGAGUUAAGACCAUUGAGGCCAAUGGAAAGAUGGUGAUCCCCGGAGGCAUUGAUGUCCACACUCACUUCCAAAUGCCAUACAAGGGAAUGACCACAGUGGAUGACUUCUUCCAAGGGACAAAGGCUGCAUUAGCGGGAGGCACCACCAUGAUCAUUGACCAUGUGCUACCUGACCCUGAGUCCAGCCUGACUGAGGCCUAUGAAAAGUGGCGUGAGUGGGCUGAUGGGAAGAGCUGCUGUGACUAUGCCUUGCAUGUGGACAUCACCCACUGGAAUGACAGUGUCAAGCAGGAAGUACAGAGCCUCAUCAAGGACAAAGGUGUUAACUCCUUCAUGGUUUACAUGGCUUACAAAGAUUUGUAUCAAGUAUCCAACACAGAGCUGUAUGAGAUUUUCACAUGCUUGGGAGAACUAGGAGCCAUUGCUCAAGUUCAUGCAGAGAACGGGGAUAUCAUUGCUCAGGAGCAGACACGGAUGCUGGAAAUAGGGAUAACUGGCCCAGAAGGCCAUGUUCUGAGCAGACCAGAGGAGCUGGAGGCUGAGGCUGUGUUUCGAGCCAUCACCAUUGCCAGCCAGACAAACUGCCCCCUUUACGUCACAAAGGUCAUGAGCAAGAGUGCAGCUGAUCUCAUCUCACAGGCCAGGAAGAAAGGCAACGUGGUAUUUGGCGAGCCAAUCACUGCCAGCCUUGGAAUAGAUGGAACCCAUUACUGGAGCAAAAACUGGGCCAAGGCAGCCGCAUUUGUGACAUCCCCACCUCUGAGCCCUGACCCAACCACUCCUGACUACAUCAACUCCUUGCUGGCCAGUGGGGACCUACAGCUCUCUGGCAGUGCCCACUGUACCUUCAGCACUGCCCAGAAAGCCAUCGGAAAGGACAACUUCACGGCCAUUCCUGAGGGCACCAAUGGCGUAGAAGAGCGGAUGUCUGUCAUCUGGGACAAGGCUGUGGCCACGGGGAAAAUGGAUGAAAACCAGUUUGUGGCUGUGACAAGCACAAAUGCUGCCAAGAUCUUCAACCUGUAUCCACGGAAGGGAAGAAUAUCUGUGGGUUCCGACAGUGACCUGGUCAUCUGGGAUCCAGAUACUGUGAAGAUCGUGUCUGCCAAGAAUCACCAGUCGGCUGCAGAGUAUAACAUCUUUGAAGGGAUGGAGCUGCGUGGAGCUCCUCUGGUGGUUAUCUGCCAGGGCAAGAUCAUGCUGGAAGAUAGCAACCUGCAUGUAACACAGGGGGCUGGCCGCUUCAUACCCUGCAGCCCAUUCUCUGACUAUGUCUACAAACGCAUUAAAGCCAGGAGAAAGAUGGCAGACCUGCAUGCAGUUCCAAGGGGCAUGUAUGACGGACCUGUGUUUGACUUGACCACUACCCCCAAAGGUGGCACCCCUGCAGGCUCUACCAGGGGCUCUCCCACACGGCCAAACCCACCAGUGAGGAACCUCCAUCAGUCUGGGUUUAGCCUUUCAGGAACCCAAGUGGAUGAGGGCAUCCGCUCAGCUAGCAAGCGCAUCGUCGCGCCCCCUGGAGGCCGUUCUAAUAUCACAUCACUGAGUUAAGAAAAGCCUCUCCAAGGGGGUGAGGGGCAGAAGCAAGAAGAGAUUUUUUUGAAGCCAAAAUGGUACAGCGAUAUUUAAGAAGGAAAAGGAAUCCAAAUGGUUGCGAUCUAAAGAAUCAAUAAGCCUCAAGCCUUAUGUUUCUCAACAAUAUGCUCGCUUGCCUAGCUUUAUGAAGAUUGCUUUGUUUUCUGUUUAUGCAUAGCUUUGAUUUGACCCUCUCCUCCACUUACAUGCAUGCAAUCAGACAGGCCACUGAGGUAAAGAGUCUGCUAUAUUUAGUGUUGAGAGUGUGUGUAGUGCUGCAUCUAAUGACAAGGGGACAGACAAAGCUGGGAGGCCAGGGAAAUUAACAAAAGGCACACAGGUAAAUUGGGUGAUUGGGUGGUGGGAGCCCAGAGCGGGAUAGAGGGCACGGAAGGGCUGGGGUGGGGUAUGGAAGAGGGAGGUGGUGGACUGGGCGAGCAGAAGGGAUUUAUGUGUUGUGUUGAUGAUGUACAUUAAUUCCCAUGGAAGAUGGCCUCUGUGGCAGCCAACAGUACAUUACUGUCUUCUGGGAUCUAAGAAGGCAGGCUGUCUUUGGAUUCUGGGCUUUGUCUUAUCUCUUCUUACUAGAUUUUAUUUUGAACAUUUAUUAAAUGCUGGAAUCAAGCCAUUCUUUUCCACCUGCUUGAUGGUGCCAGUGUUGACUUGGCAUCUGUCUCAGUGCUGUUUUAUAGCCUUCUGUCUUCUGGGUUGGGAAACCACCCGAGGAGAGCCAUCAGUGGUACUUAUCUUCCCCUCUGCUUCCUUGGUGCCUGCCCAGGCAAGUGAGGACCUCCGCUGAGAUGGGCAGAGUCUAGGGCUUCCCUUGCCAGUGGUGAGUGCCUGAUUCUCUCUAUCUCAGUUCUAGGCACAUCCAUGAUCAAAUAAUGUGUUUAAAUUGACUUUGUUAGUUGUUCCCUCACUGUUACUAGUCAGGGUUUUGCAGAAGGCUGUCUUGAACUGCCAGAACACAUUACAUAGCCUUUUUAAAAAAAAUUCUAAGUUAUGUGUUUACUCUUCUAUUAGAUUUUGGGCAGGAAUAAACUUUUUAUUUUGGUACUAAAAGGUGAGACACAUGAGGUGAUGUGGUGCAGCCUUCAUGAUGGGCACAUUAAGGAAACAAGCGAGGGGUGUCUGCAUUUCCUUUGUGUGUUAGAGCUGAGUGCCCAUUUCUUGAUCCACCCCUUCCUCAAACAAUUUUGGAGCAAACUGUGUGAACAAGAUAGUGACCCAUAGAACCAUGCCACACUCCCUCAUGCAGAAAAAUAGACUUUAGGUCAUACUUCUGUACUCUGAAGAACUCAGUUGGUAGAACACACCCCUGUGUACUAAGUACUUUGAAGAGAAGAGCAGGCCUCAUUCACCUUUUAAGUACUUAGGAUAAACCAUUAUCUCUAGCUUCAGGUUUUGGUUUUCUGUAGUGGUACCUGGUUUGUUAGUGAUUGUUUUUUAUUUAGUGGAGCUGGACAAUUUAAUUCAUGGCUUCACAUACUAGGCAAAUGCUGUACCACUGUGCUAUGUCCCAGCCCUGACUGCAAUUUUUAAUAGCCUGAAAACAAAAGAAAAAUGAACACUUACCUACAAAGGAAUUUAGGAAUAGCAAUGGAAGAAGAUGUUCCCCAGCUAGUGGCUUCUGUUUUCAUCAUCAAACAGGCUCUCACCUCACACUAGGGAAUCUUGCUAUAUUAAAGCUCUCAUGGUGCUUUCAUUUUAAGAAAACACUUAAUACAAAAAGAAAGAAGGAAAUAGAUUGUGGUUUUAAUUUAAAUUUAAAAAUUUGAGGGCUUAUCAAGGAACUGAGAUGAAUUUGAUAUACAAAGGGAGUUUAACAGGUCAGAAGCAUACAUAUACCUCAACAGCCUGGCUAGGCUUCAGUGUAGUUGUAGUACCAACCUCGACCACCAGAUGGAGGAGGAAAAGACAUGCACACAAAGUAGUCUGUACCCUCUGCUCUGUGGUAACCUAAGAGGUUACCAACGCCUUCCUCCAUGGCCUGUUUGUGCCAUGACAGCAAGUCUUCCAUGGCCAAUGGUGGUCACCUGCAAUGCACUUGGGACUUCCAAAGUGCAGUGUUCAACAGGAACUCUAGAUUCUACCAAGAAUUCUACUCAGUAGAGAAAGCUGAGUACCCUCAGGGUGGAUAACACUAUCGUAGGGUGCCUCCCUUUCCUCCCUCACCAUUAGGAACAUUAUAGCACAGACAUGCCUGAUCACUCCUAGAGAACUCCCUCACUAUAGUCUUAUAUGAGAAACUUUUUUAAGUAACAUGUUACUUGAGUUAAAAUGUGUUUACCAAACAGCCCAUACAAAGCAUACAGAGCAUGAAGGGCUAGGAAAUGGCAGUCAAUUGUGGCCUUCUCUAAGUUCACUGGCCUCCACUCCAUGUGGGAGGGCAUGAGAGAUGUUGCCUCAUCCCCAGUGUUGGUUUUGCCAUCUCACCUCUCUGCCUGGCCCCCUCUGACAAUGUCCUACCAUCUUUCACCACUUUAGGUUAUUUCUAAACCCAGAGGGCCACAGGCUUGGGCAGCUGGGCAGUGGAGCUAUUACCUCAGCCUCCUCACUUCUAGAUUUUCCAAAAUGAAUAGAGUCAUAGUCAUCUCCAAAAAUGGCUUUUGUUUUCCUUCAAAGUCCAGUCAGCCUUUGGCUCUUUCUUAAUGACUCCCUGGAGAGCCAGUCCCUUCUCCCACGGCCUGGAUCCUAGCUCUGACUCCAUUUUGGUCAUCCUGAUGAGCCCCUUCCAAAUGGCUGCCACAGGCCUCCCAGGGCUUCCCCCUGGACAACCCCAGCAUGAGUUCCGAUGCAGUUGUGGGCUGGCCUGGGCAGCCAGCAUUCCUUGUAACCCCUUUUGAGAUGUGGUGUGUGGGUGUUCAGUCCUGUGUCUGGUGGAAAUGGACAGACAGUAAGUCCCCCUGUGACCUGUGUUCGCUGUGAGGCAGCUUUGUACACUGAAGAGCUGUUUGGUUUGAACCGUGAAGAAAACUGUGUAUUAAGUUAGCUGAGAUUAAAGAAAACAAGCUCAUGAUGUGACUGUUAAUGUAAACCUGGUUAUUAAAAUAACUAUAAAAUUA